CUCCAAGUGUCGCUGAAGUCUUUUUUUCCACUUCUGAUCCACUGGAUAACAGCUGAGCAGCAACUCUGGAGUAUUUAACAGCAGGAAAGAUUGAAAUCUCCAGUUCUGAGCAGAAACAGAUUAUUUUAAAUUAGGCAGAAGGAUGAAGAUCCUCUCUGAUCGUUUACUGUCCUGCUUCAGGAGGAUAGAGUGGUUCUACCCUUAGCAGGAGAGAAGACACGCUGCAAGGGAAAACAUGCAACAGUUUGGCUAAAGGGAAAGAAACUGGGACGUCUGGGAGAAGUUAUUCAUCUACAAUAAACAAGAACACAUGCAGAAAAGGAACUGACAACUGAUUCUAGCUUGUGCUGGACUGAGCUGUGCACCUCUGUGAGCCUGCUCAGUGAUUGAUGAGCGGGACUGGUAGUACCCCCCUGGCUGUGUUUCACUGAGGCAUGAGUGUGGGAAGAGCUCACCACCACAGCUUCCUGUCUUGUGAAGAAGAAGGACUCAGACUGAGUACCAUGCCGGCUGUGGGCAGCUUUGGCAACGGCAAGAUCCAUACAAGGCGCAAAUGCCACAGCCGGUUCGUCAACAAGACCGGCCAGUGCAACGUCCACUUCUCGAACAUGGAUGAUAAGUCCCAAAGGUACAUAUCGGAUAUUUUUACAACUUGUGUAGACAUCCGCUGGCGAUACAUGUUCCUGCUGUUCAGCCUGGCAUUCGUGGUGUCCUGGCUGACAUUCGGCCUAGCGUUCUGGAUCAUUGGUCUCCUGCAUGGUGACAUGGACAGAAUAGAUGAGAGUUUUGUUCCUUGUGUCACAAAGGUCAACACCUUUGUUGCAGCCUUUUUGUUCUCCAUUGAGACCCAGACGACCAUUGGGUACGGAGCCCGCUGUGUGACCGAAGAAUGCCCUGCAGCUGUCUUCAUGGUUGUCUUUCAGUCCAUCAUGGGCUGCAUCAUUGAUGCUUUUAUGAUUGGUGCCAUCAUGGCCAAGAUGGCAAGACCUAAGAAGCGUGCAGAGACGCUACUGUUUAGCCACAACGCAGUAAUCGCAAUGCGAGAUGGAAAACUGUGCCUCAUGUUCAGGGUUGCUAAUCUGAGGAAGAGCCACAUUGUGGAGGCUCAUGUACGAGCCCAGCUGGUUAAGCCUCGCUACACAGAGGAGGGUGAGUACAUCCCCUUGGAUCAGAUUGACAUGAACGUUGGAUAUGACAAAGGCACAGACCGUCUGUUUUUGGUUGCACCUCUCACCAUCAUACAUGAGAUCGAUGAAGAAAGCCCACUGUUUGGCAUCAGUAAGCAAGACCUCGAAACGUCUGACUUUGAGAUAGUGAUCAUACUCGAAGGGUUGGUGGAGGCCACGGCCAUGACGACACAAGCACGCAGCUCCUACCUACCCUCCGAAAUCCUGUGGGGUCACCGCUUCGAGCCCAUCAUCUUCGAGGAGAGGAGCCAGUACCGGAUAGAUUACGCCUACUUCCAUAAAACCUUUGAAGUGCCAUCCACGCCCAGGUGCAGCGCCAAGGACAUGGAGGAGAGAAAAUUCCUAACUUCUGGCGCCAACUCCUUCUGCUACGAGAACGAGCUGGCCUUCAUCAGUAGGGAUGAGGAGGUAGACGAAGGUGAAGCGAAAGAGCAGGAUAAAAUGUGUUUGUCUGAGCUGACAGAAACUGAUCGUAAUCAACCGUCUUCUCGAAGAGAAUCAUCGCUUUAACUUUUAUCUAAUGAGUUGGAGUUUUGUGGAUGCAGAGCCCUAUGAACGGCACUCGGCUGAAAUGAGAGCGCCAAAGAGAACGUUUCUGCUGCAGAUGGAAGAUCAGUGAUCCAUUUGCACUGGAAAAGCCCUUCUCCCUCCCUGUAAUGGUUGUUGAGCUUUAUCAGAUGCAAACCGUUCUGUUUUAAUGCAGAGAUCCUAAUUCUUUACAGUGCAUGAAAACAACAUGGUUGUAUGUGCAAAAUCUGAAAGCAAAACGUAAAAGAUUUGAUCAACGCUUCCUAUAUAUAUAUCCUCAAAUAUGCAACUUGUGAAGAAGAUUGAAGUUCGCCAUUGAUGACAUUAUAUAAAAAAGCAAGCUUGUAGAAUUUCCGCUGGAAUCUUCCUACAUUUAAAGACACAUAAACGAGUUUUGUAACUACACUACUUGAAGUGCAGAGAACUAUGGUGAACACAAU